AUGGACCAUCCUAGUAGGGAGAAGGAUGAAAGACAACGGACCACUAAACCCAUGGCACCAAGGAGUGCACACUGUUCCCGACCAACUGGCUCCUCAACAUCCUCUGGGGUUCUUAUGGUGGGACCCAACUUCAGGGUUGGCAAGAAGAUAGGGUGUGGGAACUUCGGAGAGCUCAGAUUAGGUAAAAAUCUCUACACCAAUGAAUAUGUAGCUAUCAAACUGGAACCAAUAAAAUCACGUGCUCCACAGCUUCAUUUAGAGUACAGGUUUUAUAAACAGCUUGGCAGUGCAGGUGAAGGUCUCCCACAGGUAUAUUACUUUGGACCGUGUGGGAAAUACAAUGCCAUGGUGCUGGAGCUCCUCGGCCCUAGCUUGGAGGACUUGUUUGACCUCUGUGACCGAACUUUUACUUUGAAGACUGUGUUAAUGAUAGCCAUCCAGUUGCUUUCUCGAAUGGAAUAUGUGCACUCAAAGAAUCUCAUUUAUCGAGAUGUCAAGCCAGAGAACUUCCUGAUUGGCCGGCAAGGCAAUAAGAAAGAGCAUGUUAUACACAUUAUAGACUUUGGACUGGCUAAGGAAUACAUUGACCCUGAAACCAAAAAACACAUACCUUACAGGGAGCACAAAAGUUUAACUGGAACUGCAAGAUAUAUGUCUAUCAACACGCAUCUUGGCAAAGAGCAAAGUCGGAGGGAUGAUUUGGAAGCCCUGGGCCAUAUGUUCAUGUAUUUCCUUCGAGGCAGCCUGCCCUGGCAAGGACUCAAGGCUGAUACAUUAAAAGAGAGAUAUCAAAAAAUUGGUGACACCAAAAGGAAUACUCCCAUUGAAGCACUCUGUGAAAACUUUCCAGAGGAGAUGGCAACCUACCUGCGGUAUGUCAGGCGAUUAGACUUCUUUGAAAAACCUGACUAUGAAUAUUUACGGACCCUCUUCACAGACCUCUUUGAAAGGAAAGGUUAUACCUUUGACUACGCCUACGAUUGGGUCGGGAGGCCUAUUCCUACUCCAGUAGGGUCAGUUCAUGUAGAUUCUGGUGCAUCUGCAAUAACUCGAGAAAGCCACACACACAGGGAUCGGCCAUCACAGCAGCCUCUACGAAAUCAGGUGGUUAGCUCAACCAAUGGAGAGCUGAAUGUCGAUGACCCCACAGGAGCCCACUCCAAUGCACCAAUCACAGCUCACGCUGAGGUGGAAGUAGUGGAGGAAGCUAAGUGCUGCUGUUUCUUUAAGAGGAAAAGGAAGAAGACUGCUCAGCGCCAUAAGUGA